CUCUCAUCUCCUCCCCAAAUCUCUCUCCCUCUCUUCGCGAUCUCUCCCUAGAGAUAGUCGUCGCCGCUGCCGAGCCAAGUUCCGGCGAAUGGUAGCUAUUCGCACUCUUCCGGCGACAUCGGUCGCCGCGACCUCGCCUCUCCAUUUUCCUCUAACAUAUAGCUAGGGCAAAGGUCGAGCCCUAGUUCUUCUCUGUUCGGUACAACCCAGCCGUCGCCAUCUCAGGGAGACCGGCGAGCUGCGCGACCUAGAGCCCGCCCAUCGUUGCUGGUGGUCCGAGGAUCGGCGAGCCUAUGGUGUUCUACGGCCGAUUCUCUUCUCAACUCCACAUUUAUAAAAAAUCAAUUCCUACCCCCCAUCAAAUUUCCCCAAAUUGAACCUGGAUCCAGACCUUACUCUGCCUCGCUCCACCUCGGUCGGCCUCGCUCUGACUUGCACCGCCUGCUCCUGGAAUAUUGACGCCAAAUCCUAGAUUUGUGGCCAUGGUUUCUAUUGCUUGACUUUUAAUCCCGCUAUGUCAUUUCUCUUCUCUAAUAUUGUUCUUCUAAUUUUUAUAUGUUAUAAAUUUGCAAAUUUGGGAUUAAUUCAUGGAUUUUCAUAUUUGGGAUUUGUGGUUUUCAAACCCUAGCUGUGAUGAAGAGAAGAAACGGGUCAGAAAGAUGGGCUAGGGUUUUCCAGACUCCAGUCUUCGCGCGCCUCCACGAUCUGCCGCGCCGCUUCCUUUUCAGACCGCCGUUCGUCUGUCCACUGGCAACUCACGCACACCGCACACACACGGUUGUAUGCCUUUGAUGUCCACUGCAACUCUUUCUUCCCUAUGUUCCUGUUGCUUUAUGUUGUUCAUUAUUUUAUAUCACCACUUUUGGUUGCUCAUGGUUUUAUACCCGUGUUACUGUCAAAUUUGCUCUUCAUGGCAGCCAUUUCCUAUUAUCAUUACCUAAAUUUUUUAGGUUAUGCAGAGUGUAGAAUCUAAAUACUCCCCUGCACAGAAAGCAACUAUUGUUGUGUUUACUAGGUCUACAGAGACUGGUCUUUUGAAGGGAUUCCGUUCAGAUGCAAAAGAAUCACAUGUAUCAGCUCGAGUUAUGUUGGCAUCAAACCAAGUUGGUUGUCUAUUGGGAAAAGGAGGUGCAAUAAUUUCAGAGAUGAGAAAGAUGACUGGUACUAGCCUAAGGAUCAUUGGGGGCGACCAAGUUCCAAAUUGUGCCUCUGAAAAUGAAGAGGUUUUACAGGUACGACAGUUUUAAGUGUGUAAUAGAUCUAGGCGGUAAAAGACUUACAUUGGAGUUGGAAAAGUUUGAAAGCUGAAACCUUUUUUGUGUAAUAUGGAUAUAUUUUCAUGAUUUGUUAAGAUGAAACCUGCUUGAUUUAUUGGCACUUUCCAUACCAUUUGCUAUCUGACCUUCCAAGGAUCUUGACGACACACUGGGGAUUAUCUCUCACAUUCUCUAUUCAACAAUAUAGAAUGAAUUUUGAGCGUGCGCAGGCUGAGAUUGCUAAGAUACGAGAACUGGAUGAUGACGAGAACACUGAUACUUCUGCUGAGAAUUUUGGAGAUUGAUGCAGAUAGACCACUUGAAGGAGAGCGUUGGUGGUUAAAAGCAGAAGAUCCUUUUCAAUGUUUGGCAGCAUGCAUUAACCUUGCUGAGGCCCUUAGAAGUCCAUCUCCCGAGACAAUAAUAUCUCAUAUUCCAGUCCACCAAGAUGGUUCUUGCAAUGGUUUACAGCAUUAUGCUGCCCUUGGUAAGGAUAAGCCAGGGGCAGCUGCUGUUAACUUGGUUGCUGGAGAAAAGCCCGCAGAUGUUUAUUCAGGAAUUGCUACGAGGGAUGUUACUUUCAAAAAGGGAGGAAGAUCAAGAUGGAGAUGAGCGCGAAGGAAGCCUUUGAGAGGUCGAUGAGGACUUUGUCGGAG